AGAUUCGCUGUAUCACAGGCAAUCUUUGCUCUCACCUGCAUGUGACGUCACCGUGUACAUUACAGUACAGAGAUCGCGUGCCACGUUCAGUUCCUCCUGCGCGCGCUGCUGAUGCGAGAAGAACUUCGCGCUCUCAUUCAUUACAGACUGAGCUGAGACUGAAAUGCUCACAGAUAUGAUAGAAGAAGAAUUUGACAUUAGGGAGGAAGAACCAUGGUACGAUCAUCAGGAUCUUCAACAUGAUCUUCAUUUGGCGGCUGAACUGGGUAAAAACUUACUGGAGCAAAACAGAGAGUUAGAACAAAGACUUCAACAGAUGUAUACCACCAACCAGGAGCAGCUUCAGGAAAUAGAGCAUCUGUCUAAACAGGUGGAUUUGUUGAGGUCAGUCAAUGAUCAGCAUGCUAAAGUUUACGAACAGCUGGAUGUGACGGCACAAAACCUGGAGCAGAAAAACCAAAGACUGCUUCAAGAUAACCGAGCUGCACAGCUAAAGAUUAAGGAGCUCACAGAGACUGUGGAUGGGCUACAGAUGCAGGUGGAUGAGCUCCAUCGAGACAUGAAGAAGUUGGUUUCUUCUGAACAGAACCGUUCCAGUACACAAUCACAAACCCUACAGCCUGAUCAUCUCCAGUGUCCAAUGUGCUACAAGUGUCAAUUGCACAACUUUAAAACAGAGGUACAGGAUGAGGCGUGCGUUGACCUCAUGCGCUCCCUGAAUUCCCUGCAGGCCCAGCUAAACACAGAGCGUUCUCUGAGAGAAGCUGCGGAGCGGGAAGCCGAUGCUCUCGCUCGCAACCUCAGCGAAUUGGAGCCAAAACUAGCACUGCUGGGAAACUACAGGGAUCGCAUGGCUGAGAUGGAGGUCGAAGUCAAGGAGCUACGACAAAUGCGUUCAAACAGCAUCGCUCAAGCCACAUUCACUCAAAGCCUGCUGUCAGACACUGUAUUCCUUGCGUCUGAUGAUGAAAUGGGCGUGGUCAGACAAAGGGGGCGUUGCCGGAAUCGCUCUAGCAGUGAGAGGCAGUUGCACAGUUCUGGCUAUGAGGAAGGAAGCGCUACAGAUGUGCCAAUGAGCUAUAGUGUUAAUGAGAAUGGACGGGGUUGUUUUAAACAGGCAGAGGACGCCAAGCAUCACGGUAUUUCUUUGCUAAACGAGGUGGACGCGCAGUACACGGCCCUGCAGGAGAAAUAUGACACAUUGCUGCGGCGAUGCGAGGGUUGGGUGGGACAACAGAACCACAAAGCCGUCCAAACGCCCGUAACCAGUUCUGCCCAAACACAAACACACUCCCAGGGUGUAAGCACACAGGAAGAUGCCCCGCUGCCUGAGUAUAAAGUCCUGUUUCAAGAGAUUUUUACUUUUAUUCAGAAGAGCACAAAGGACCUGAAGGAAAACAGGAUCAAGUCCAGUCAAGCUAAAUGAAGCUAUUUUCCAAACCCUAAAGACGUGUGCUCAUUAAACUUAGCAUCUCUGCCAAAGGGCAUUAGUCUGACAGAUAUAAUCAGUAAUCUGAUUGUCAGAGCUAAAGACCUUACAGGUGUGAUAAAACCAGCCCUCACCUGAUAUAACCCCUGCACUUAUUUUAACAAGAAUUUGGACACGCCAGAAGACACUUAAUAAUGUAUGAAUACCAUAACUUACUUAUCCCAUCGAUCUAAAAGUUUUUAUACUAACUUUUGUAGUUACUUUGAAUCAAUUGUUUCCAAUGUAACUUUAGUGGGUAUGAAGUACUGCACUCUUAGAAAUAAAGGUUCCUGAUCUUUGCUGUGAGACUUGGUUCAUAAAGAACCUUUAACAUCCACAUAACCUUUAUGUUAUACAAAAGGUUUUAUUUUAUUCAUAGAUUAUGAUUCUUAACUUAAAAGGUUCUUUGGAGAACUAAAAAUGGUUCUUCUAUGACAACACUGGGAAGAACCCUGUACAGGCACCCUACUUUUUAAUAGUGUAGGUGUUGAAAACAUGAACUAUAAAUAUCUUCUUUAAUAAUCUUUAUCACUGUAAAAAUGCAGCAUGAAGUACCUUGGUUUU